AUGGCCAUAACCUCAGAAGACAAGACGUCGGGCACGAAUGGUGGCCUCGACAGUGUCAAGGUCACCCAUCAUGAGUCUCUGCACCAUGGAAAAGUUGAGACUGCAGAAGUCAAGAAUCCUUUGACCGGAAUACCCAAAGACAGGCUGUUGAACAACGUUGCUCGAUUCGCGGAGAGCAACGGCUUGCGCGAUGACAUCGAGUUUUUCCGAAAGGGCGCUUUGGCUGCUCAGAACCCGGGAGCCUACGAUGAUAUCGUGGAACUCACACCCGACGACCGGUCCGUACUACGAUAUGAGACUGAGAAUCGAUGGAAACAUCCCUUCGCGCUUUACUUCACUAUCGUCAUGAACUCCAUUGGCGCUGCCAUCCAAGGCUGGGACCAGACUGGUACAAACGGCGCCAAUCUUUCCUUUCCCCAAGCGUUUGGAAUAUCAGACAAGGGUCCAGCGUGUCUAGCUGAUGGUACUUGUGAGAGAAAUGCAUGGAUCAUCGGUGCUAUCAACAGCGCCCCUUACAUGGCGAUUUGUCUCUUUUCUUGCUGGUUAUCCGACCCUAUCAACGACUUGCUCGGCCGACGAGGAACCAUUUUCCUCGGUGGCUGUUUCGGCGUCAUUUCACCCAUUGGCCAGGCUUUUUGCCAGAGCUGGCAGCAGAUUCUCGCCUGUCGAAUCCUUCUCGGUGUCGGUAUGGGACUGAAGGAGGUCACAGUGCCGGUAUUCUCGGCGGAAAACGCCCCUGCCAACAUUCGUGGCGCGCUGGUAAUGUCAUGGCAGCUUUUUGUUGCUUUUGGUAUCAUGCUGGGAUUCAGUGCCAACCUUGCCGUUGCCGGCACUGGAGAUCUCGCUUGGAGACUCCAACUUGGUUCGGCCAUGAUUCCGGCUGUUCCCCUGGUGCUCGGCAUCUUUUUCACUCCUGAAUCCCCUAGAUGGCUGCUCAAGAAGGGGAGAUACGCCAAGGCUCAUCGUUCACUCCUGAGGCUUCGGGGACACCCGCUUCUGGCGGCUCGCGACCUUUACUACAUUCACUGUCAGCUUGAAGAGGAGCGGAACUUGAUUGCAUCCAAGGGAUUUGACAAGGGCAACUUCUUCACCAGAUGCUACGAACUCUUCAGUAUCCCACGUAACCGUCGUGCAACCCAAGCAUCUGGAAUCAUCAUGGCAGCUCAGCAAUUUUGCGGUAUCAACAUUAUGUCCUUCUACUCGUCAACGAUUUUUGAGGAGGCAGGUGCCAGCAGCAAAGUUGCCCUGAUAGCCUCUUGGGGAUUCGGCAUGGCAAUGUUCGUCUUUGCCAUCCCAGCAUUGUGGACCAUUGACACUUGGGGUCGGAGGUCACUCCUCCUUGCAACAUUUCCCAACAUGGCUUGGACACUGCUAGUUGCUGGCAUGGCCUUCUACAUUCCCAAAUCCAGUCCAGCGCACUUGGGUGUAAUUGCUGCAUUCACAUACAUCUUCGCCGCCUUCUAUGGUCCUGGAGAGGGACCAUGUGCAUUUGUCUACUCGGCAGAAGUUUUCCCUCUCUCGCACCGCGAAGUCGGAAUGUCCUGGGCCGUGGCCACCAACAACUUCUGGGCUGUCAUUGUGGCUCUCACCUGGCCAUCUAUGCUCAAGGCCCUGAAACCGCAAGCUUCAUUCGCGUUUUUCGCUGUUGCAAACAUCAUCUGCUUCAUUGCGAUCUUUCUAUUCAUGCCAGAGACCAAGCAGCGGUCACUGGAAGAGUUGGAUGACGUCUUUUCCGUCACGACUCGGCGACAUGCGUCGUACCAGUUGAAGGAGGUCCUGCCUUGGUGGUUUAGAAGAUAUCUCUUGGGACAGAAGAACGUCACCGAGCCACAGCUGUACCAUUUCGAAAUGGAGGAGAGUGUCGAAGCUGGCUCGAGACGCUAA